CAUCUUCGUACCUUUCCAACCCCAACCAUACUCAGUGUUUUGCUUGCAUCCUGGACCUUAGAUUUGUUCUCUCUUAUAAAGAAUGCUCAAGUCAGCAAAUGCUUCCAAGACGUCCAAAGACAUCCAUGGAUGGCAGCUUCAACUUCAGUCCUCCCGGCCAAGCACCCCACCUAGCCUUUUAGGAUCGGCAUCUCUCCGCCAGUCAACAGAAGUGCUUUGUUUUCAUCCAAUCCACCGUCUGCUGAAUGUCAACAGUCGCAACGCCCGACAUCCGAUCUUUUGAAAUGACACCCGACGAUUCUUGAUGAGAAACCAACCCUUUCUCGGGUGAAAAGCUCGAGGUCAACCUUCUACUCAUCUCACCUUCCAACCACAGAAUUGCGACAGCAAUCCCGUCACUCCCAAAUCCAGACACCCGCAGCUCAGACCCGAGAUGCGCCUGCUACCUCUCCCACUAUGGCUUCUCGUUACCGCGCAGAUCGAAGCUCGCACGCAAGCGCAAGCCCAGCCUCCGCUCUUGCCAACCGCAAUUCGCAAGAUGCCUCCCGAUCGCGGCGCCAAAUUCCACCAUUCCUACUGCGCCUUCCCCGAGGCCAACACAUUUGCUGCGGCAGCACAAAAGCCCAUCGCGGCAAUCGCGGCGCGGAGGGGGCUCGAAGCCGAUGAUGCCCUCCGCUUAGCAGCCAACUCCUCAGCCGAGCUACCCUUCCGCCCACCGUUCGCCAUGCUCUCUGGUCCAGAGCGACAAGAGGAUGCGACGUCGUGGGACCUCUUUCGCCGGGCAGCAUCGGCGCUCGCAUUCCUUGAACGGCGGCAGUGGUCCUGCCCGACGGGCACGAGCAGCUGCGCGUCCAUUGGCUACCCCAACAGCUGCUGCCGCGAGGGCGAGACGUGCUUCGAGGUGCCUGACACGGGCCUCGGGCCGGUGGGGUGCUGUCCCACGGGCGCGGCGUGUGGGGGAGGUGUGUCAGGCUGCGGUGACGGGAGCAUGGCGUGCGGAAGUGAGGUUGGAGGGGGGUGUUGUAUCCCGGGGUUUGUUUGCGGGGGGGUCGGGUGCGUCCUCCCACCCCCUCCUUCCACCUCCUCUCCCCCUCCAGCGACACCAACGACUCUAACAACAACCUCCACAACCACCAUCCCCGGCGCCACACCCUCCACCGUCCUCGUCACGGUCAUCAUAACCAUCACCCCGUCGUCUCCUGACCCGAUCACCAGCACCGUCACGCAAACCAGCACCGCCCCUAGCACCACUGGCGCAGGCGCCCCGUUCCGGCCCACCUCGUCUCCCUCUCCCUCCCCCAAUACUUCCCAGUCUCAGUCCGCAUCCGAGUCAUCAUCACCAUCGACGCCAACAACAACAACAAUAAGCACCUUCUGCCCAACAGGCUUCUACCCCUGCCUGGCCAGGAUGGGGGGUGGGUGCUGCCAAGUGGGACGGGACUGCCAGACGACGUCGUGCCCGGCGCCGGCUGAAAUGACGACGGUGGUGGACGGGAACGGGGUGACCGUCGUUGUACCCGCUAGCGGGGUGCCGAGUACUACUGAAGAAGCGGGGAGGUGUGCUGACGGGUGGUUCCUGUGCGGCGCUGACGCGGGGCCUGUGGCUGGGUGCUGCCCGACAGGAUAUAGCUGUGGCACGGCGAGCUGUUCGGUUGCGGAUGCUGCGGGAACGGCGACGGUUGCCAAGGCGUUUCCUUCUGCUUCUUCUUCUUCUUAUUCUUUUGGUGCUAAUGGGGGUGGGCGUUUAGCGUGGGCCAUGGUAGCUGUGGCUGUUGGGGGGUGGUUGGCAUUUUGAUAUCACACGGGGAGGUGGUUUUGUUGAAUUUCCAUUGUCUGUCCGGGUACAAAAAUGUUGCAUGGCAAGGGAGUUACUGUCUACCAUACCCUACAUACAUAGACUAUGUUUGUUCUAGACAUCACAGCGUUAAUGAUCAUGUUCCCCUUUCACCCCUCCCACAUCUAUCAUCUCAUCACGCAUCCAGCCUGUUGAUUCCCCUCUCCUCGCACAACUUCCGCACCUCCUUGCCCAGCAUCUCCCUCCGCCUCUGGGCUAAAUCCAUCAUAUCUUCGCACUCCUUGCCCAGCUUGCCGCCGGCAGCACCGACAAGCUCAUACAGCCUCCCCAUCUCGUCCAGGACGGCCUGCAGCUGGUUCGGCAGCCACGUCACAAUGGGACUGCCGCCCGUGGCGGUCGGGUGGUUCGUCCGCUUGAGAAUGUACUCGCGCGCGAAACACCAGUGCCGCCACCGGAAGUCCCGCACUUGGUCCAGGACUUGCAGCCACAGUCGCC